AUGGCUGCUUUAGCCAAUGGAAGAUAUGACUGGGAGUAUGCAGAUCAUAUUUCUGCUGUGCCUGCUGAGUCCAUGUUUGACUUUGCCAAUCGAGGGUCCCUAUAUGAGCAAUGGCAAGAAGUUGUGGACAAGACAGAGAGUUCCUGGAGGAGUCUGGAGACUUAUAACUAUAACAAAUACCAUCGCAUUGAGGAGAUCUAUCUGUGGAUGAACCAGAUAAGUGAGAAGUAUAAGGAUGUGGUGACACAGCAUUUCCUAGGAAUGACAUAUGAGAACCGGACCAUGUAUUAUUUGAAGAUCAGCCAACCAUCAAAUAAUUCCAAGAAGAUCGUUUGGAUGGACUGUGGAAUUCAUGCCAGGGAGUGGAUUGCCUCAGCUUUUUGCCAGUGGUUUGUGAAAGAAAUUCUACAAAGCUACAAAGACAACUCAAGGAUAAGCAGGCUCCUUGGGAACCUGGACUUUUAUGUGCUUCCAGUUCUUAACGUUGAUGGUUAUAUCUACACUUGGACCACUGAUCGUGUUUGGAGGAAAUCCCGGUCAUCCCAUAAUAAUGGCACAUGCUUUGGGACGGAUCUCAACAGAAAUUUCAAUGCAUCUUGGUGUAGUAUUGGUGCAUCUAAAAACUGCCAAGAUUUAACCUUCUGUGGGACGGGCCCUGUGUCUGAACCGGAGACUAAAGCUGUCUCCAGCUUUAUAGAGAGCAAGAAGGAGGACAUUCUGUGCUUUCUCACCAUACACUCUUACGGGCAGCUCAUUCUCACGCCUUACGGUUACACCCAAAACAAAUCAAGUAACUAUGAAGAAAUGAUUCAAAUUGCUCAGAAGGCAGCAGAUGCGUUGAAAGCAAAGCAUGGGACAAGUUAUAGAGUUGGUUCAAGUAUAGAUAUUUUAUAUGCUACAUCAGGGUCCUCGAGAGACUGGGCUCAGGACAUUGGGAUCCCCUUCUCAUACACAUUUGAGCUGAGAGAUACUGGUAAGCAUGGAUUUGUUCUGCCAGAAGAUCAGAUCGAGCCCACAUGUGAGGAGACCAUGGAGGCUGUACUCUCUGUGCUGGAUGAUGCCAGUCCUUUCUGGCAGAAACCAUGCUGCUUUCUGGGCAAGUUGGAAGAAGUGCCCAUUUUGCAGAGUAAGAAGCAGUUCUCUGAGAGCAGAACGAGUGGUGGCAGCUCAAAGGGAGCAUUACCAAUAAUCAAGAGAGGGAGGCAGACGGAGGAGAAUGGGAAAAUCAUCAAAAUGGUGGGCAUUCAGGGAGGAGAUUCAACAGGAAGCAAGAAUAAAAUGGAGACUCCUCUAGGUAGUGCAAGAUACAGAAAGUUCAGACAGUUGUAA